UUGCCUUUCGCGCCCGCACGCACUCACUCACGCUCGCUUGCAGCCAGCAGCUGGAGACGACGCAAGAAGCCAGCUCCAUUCUAGGAAAGAAAGACAGUUCUCGUCUCGUGGUCUGCUGCUGCGGCCACCCCAGCAGGUAGACAAGCGUGCACAUCGUGUUACGGCGAGAAACGUCGUAAAACGCCCACGAACUUUCGACCUGCCGAAGGAAAGGUGCGCGGGGUAUACAAGUGCGGCCCUUCCACAGGAAAGUGAAGACGCCACUGUGUUGCUGUUGUUUCCCGUGCUCCGGCUACAUCACCGUGGUCCGUCCACGUGCCGCCCUUCGCCGCGGCGACAAAGGUGGCUCAAAAGUGAAGUCUUGUGCGGUGCGACAGCGUGUUCAGAGGUUGAAUCUUCAACUUCGCCUCGCCGCAGAAUCGCGUCCGAAAAAUUAUGGACAUGUGUCAGUGGCAAGUCUGAGAGAUCGAGACGCGUUGGUCGAGCGAUGAAGCUUGGAAUCCUUGUGCUUCUAUGCUGGACGUGUGUAACGCGCAUGUGCAGUGGAGGUGAUGUGACGGCCUCGACAAACUUGGCCCUGGGCCUCUUCCAGCAGCUUUCGGCUGAUCCCUCCGAGAAUGUUCUCUUUUCUCCCUUCGGCAUAUCGGUGUUGCUGGCGAUCCUUUCGGCUGGUACCAAAGGGGGCACGGGCAAAGAGAUCGAAAGUGUGUUCGGCUCCGACGCUGCCGCAGUGAAACGAGACAUCGAGAGCGCGUUUAAUGAAGUGUGCGCAGGUGCCUCGACUGCCGGACGAAAAUCUCCAAUGUCCCUCGGUAAUCUGCUUGUAGUCAAGAAGGGCUUAAAGUCGAAACUUCUGCCCCUGUUCCUAAAGUUCCUCGGUGAUGGUGGACCUUUCUUAACAUUAGUCGAUGAACUGGAUGACAACCUGGCCAGCCGAUCGAACAAAUGGGUUAGUACUCAGACUAACGGAGAAAUAACGAAAAUGCUAGAUGGUCAUGGUACAGAAGACGAUGCGAAGAUGCUCUUAGUGAACGCCAUACACUUCAAGGGUGACUGGAAGGAGAAAUUUGAAAAACAGCUCGGUUACAACGGUACGUUUAAGAACUACGACGGCAGCGAUACGCCGAUAACGUUUAUGUUCAAAAGGAGGCACUUCGAGUAUGCUUUAGAUGCCACCCUGAAGACACAUGUGAUCUCAAUUCCCUACAGGGACGUUAAGGCAAGGUUCAUCCUCUUGGUUCCCCUCAAACAUGCCGGAGCAAGGACUCUGGCCAACCUCCUGACUGCGUCUGAAUGGAAGCGCAUCCUGGGAACGUUGAGAAACACGAGCGUAGCACUGUCGAUGCCAAAAUUUGACGUCUCCAAGAAGUACGACCUCAUGAAGCCGUUGGAGUAUCUCGGUAUCAAAACAAUAUUCACCGACAAAGCUGAUCUCUCUGGCAUGAUAGGGACAGGGGACCUUUUCGUCUCCGCGAUCGAACAGGUUUCAAAACUGAGGGUGGACGAAGAAGGCAGCGAGGCUGACAGCGCAACGUUGUUGAGGAUCUCUGGAAAGGCUGCCGAAGAAGGCGAGUCGGUAAUCGCCGACCACCCGUUCAUAUUCGCUGUUACGGCAGGGCGACAGGACGACAUCCUUUUCAUGGGACAAGUCAACAAGUUACCUACAACGUGAUGCUCUUUGUGAGUGACAUUGAUUGCGACGCCAUACAUUCGCACUUUUCAUUAACGAGGUUAUGACGUCCCAUCGUGUAGCUGUGCCGAGGAAGAAACUCAAGUACCCGCAAAAGGUGAAACCUCGCGAGGAAAGGAAUUCUCGAGGUUUCAGUGUUGCCGUAUGCUCAAACCUUGUGCACGAGGGCAAAUUCCCGCGCUGAACACUUCGCGCUACACUAUACCUCGCUACACUAUACUACACUAUAAUUAAAUGAGGAAAAUAACACCUAAUGUAAUAUAUAUAUAUAUAUAUAUAGUGUCUGUGGACGAUGACCGAGCAGCAAGUUCGCAAAGGGCGUUCGUGGCUGUCGUAUUGAUUUCAAAGCGGAACCAUUGGAACCGUGAGGAUGUCUCAGCUGACUGACACGCGCUCGCCAUAAGUCGCGACAACAAACGAUGUCAUGUAUACAUGCUGUUUAAUUUGAAACUCAAAGCGGCGGCACAGCCAAGUAAUAUUGAAGAUAUGAGGGAUGGAGGAGGCUAGGGGAAUCAGCAUGAAAGCUUGAAAUUUGAAUACUGCUUCUUGCAGCCCAGCGGUUGCGCGGCGCGCUGAGCUUAGGGUACACAUUUUUAUGUGCUGAUGUGUUCUUCUCGGUUUCUGCUCUUAUGUCAGCCUUUAACGAUUUCAAAAUUCUUGCGCAUAUUCAUUAACUUGAGCCUCCACGAACUUCUGUUUCCUAUAGACUUAAGGGAGGCGGAAAACAGCGCGAGAAUAGAGCUGUAUAUACGAGUCUUAUAUACAGGGUUAUAUUGCUUUAUGCUUAUUCUUUAAGUGGUUAGACUAUAGACUUGCUUUAAAAGUAUGACAUUUAUACCUAAGACUUUCUGCAGGAAGAAAAUAACAUUUAGGGUACUGAAGGUGCACAGAGCUAGUUACGUUGGACAAUCUUUUCAUUAAUACAGUGCUUCUGCUUCUCUGGCCUGAUGCACUGUGCAUUCGGCGUGCACACUUCCUUUUUUAUCCAUGCAUGUCUCUUUGCUACCAUACUCACCAACCGAUCGAACAAAGUGUGUUGCUCGUUUUUAGACGUAAAUAAAGGCUUGCAUACAUCCUUA